AUGUUCAAACGCAGAAUUGUAGCAAUGAGCAAUCAACUUUUGGACACAAUUGUGAUCGGAGCCGGCUGGUCCGGCGCCGUUGCCGCCCGGGAGCUUGCUAGCAAGGGUCGCAAAGUGUUGGUACUUGAGGCUAGAGACAGAAUUGGAGGACGUGCGAGUACGUGGGUGAAGGGAGAUGCCAAGAUUGAUGUUGGAUGCAGCUGGAUUCACGGCUACAAAGAAGGAAACCCCGCGAGAUAUAUCGCCCAAGACUUUGGCGUUGCCGCUCACUUACCCAAGGCUGCUGAGGGUGUGAUCUACGGCCCAACUGGCCGUCUCUCAAGUUCCAACGCCGACAACCUGCGGGCGUCCCUUGGUGCUGCUCAGGCAUCAUUGAAGCUCCCGCACCCAGCGCCCUCUCCAUCUACAUCGCUCGCAUCCGCCCUUCUGGCUGAUAACUCGGCUCUUUUCUCAGCUUCUGCAUCCCCUGAUCCUUCCUCAGACGUCAACCAAACCAGCCCUGCUGACCCGACGCAGGUAGCGACGCAGCCCGCAUCAGGUUCAUCUCAGAAGGAUCUGGCAGCCGGCCUUGCCCGCUCCCUCGAGAUUCCCCUGGGACUCAAGCUCGAGAAAGCUUCUCUGAAGUGGGCUGGAUGGGAGACUACCACCUCAUUUGGAGGUUCUGAUGCCGCCCCUGAGGGAGGCUAUGAGGCCUUGGUCAAACAGGUCCUUGAUGACGCCAAGGCCAACGGCACUGAGGUGAAGCUGAGCACAAUUAUUACUGAAAUCUCACAAAGUCAAGACGGAGUUAUAAUUGUCGACGCCAAGGGCAACAAAUUCACGGCAAAGACGGCCAUUUCUACCAUCCCGCUCGGUACCCUCAAGACUCUACCUGAAAGCACCUUCAACCCUGCGCUGCCGCCGCGCCUACAGGAGGUAAUCAAGGGCACCCACGUCGGUGUCCUGGAGAAGUUGCUGCUCCAGUACCAGACAGCUUGGUGGCCCGAGGCCGACAAAGCAGGAUCCUACACUUUCUUGCCCACAUCUACGAAGCCCGUGACCGAAAGCUCUACCCCCGCCGAAAUCUUCGAGGCGUCGACUCUGGUCUGCGCCAACUUCGCUGGGCCGUCUCUCCCUGGCCCUAGUCCGACUUUGCUGACGUACCUUUCCGAAACUCCUGCUACCGCAUUGCUCCGCUUCGAUCAGAAGGAAGUUGCGACUGCCUACCACAAGUUCCUUGUCUCUCGCUUCAAGCCAUCAUCUGAGCCUGCGGAGCCGAUCGAGACCAAUUUGACCAACUGGUUGACAGACGAGUUCUCCCGCGGUGCCACGACCACGCCGUCAAUUAUUUCAGAAAAUGGGGAGCGAAGCCCACUUGACUUCAAGGAGCUAAGCAGGCCCGUAUGGGAUGGAAGACUCGGAUUUGCCGGUGAGCACACAGAGAUGGAAAACCGUGGAAGCGUGGCUGGUGCAGUCGUCAGCGGCUACCGUGAGGCAGAGCGUGUUGGCAGACUUUUGAGACUGCUGGACGAGAACGCCAAGUUGUGA